GGCAUUGCAAAAUAGCCCAUCAGGGUACUUGCGUUGGUACAUGCCAGCGGGUGAGACGAUUGACCAUAGUCGUCAACGCAGCCCUCGUCGGAUGUUCCUCCACAGGCAAGUGGUUGACGCUCUGUGUUGUGCUCAUGCCAUGAGUCAGGCGGGCCAGGAGCUGGGAGAAGGCUAUCUAUCACCUCGUUCAAUAAUCCAUUACCCGCCUUCGUCGCGUAUAUCCGGUGGUGGAACAUUGAUGUCCACACACGCGUUUGACAGUAACCCCCGAUCAUUAUAUUUAGUCGGGGAAUCAGGGGAUUCUGCUGAGAACGUCCUGAGCGGAGGUGAAGGAGAAUUUCACACAGUCUUCGCUGAUCGUAAAGACUGCCUUUCUGUUACCCACCUGGCGAUUCAUGGAAAAGAUAAAAAAGUACCAGUUCACGCGUUCCUUCCGAACGAGGCUGUCCUGCUUAACCUUAUCGAAGGGACGUGGAUCCCAGCACAUCGGUUCGCUCCCGCCAACACAGCACAGCCGGCAACGCCCAAGAUGAUCUCACAGGGAGGACAUUCCUCGGCCAUGUCAGACUUCACGUCGCCUCAUGAGCCAAUGUGCGAGCCGGUUUCGAUUCCUGAGUCUCCCGCCAUCCCAUGUCCUCCAAGGCAACAGCAAGGGUUCAUCUUUAUGGAUGGGUUGUCAUUGCGUGUGUAGAGUUCAUUAAGUGGACAAGAGGAAUGUUUCAAGGAGUGUUUGACCCUGCUGGUGGUUGAAGUAUACAGAGCCUAGAUCGAUGGAUUAGCCAUGUCCCUGACUGCACAAUUCAGCAUGCUCGCAAGUUCAUAUUGUUCUGCUUAGCAAAUAUGCUUGACCAGGAAGAGCAGAAUUUCGACUAGACGCACUGAUAAGAGAAACGCCAAAUGGGUGGCGGUCCAGGUAGGUAUUAUCGAGUCGGUUUUGCCAGGUCGUGUUCCGGGUAUCUAGC